ACAGUGAUUUAACAGUUGAUGUUGAAUGGUUGUGUGAGGUACUUUUCCAAGUUUAUGCAAUAAUGGAUAGGUAGAAGGGAAACACGCACUGACUGAUCGUUCUUCGUUUCUCGCUGGCUUUAUUUUUCUGUGUGAGAUAUAAUUGUGCAUCUGUGCUUAAUAUUGUAGCAUUCUAUAUUUGUGAAAAUUACCAUAAUGAGGAAAUACUUUUAAAAAUCAAUUUCUUUUUUUAACUUGUUUAAAAUUUUUGUGUGCUCUUUGACAUAUUGUGCCUCAUCAUGACCAAUACGUUCUCUAAAAUUGUUCAGAAAAUUUCUGAUAAAACCUCGAUACCACCAGAGAAAGUCAGCUUAUGUAUGGUGAGUGGUGUUUGCCUUCUAUAUGCUACUCGUGUUGGAUUUCCUAUGCUCGCAAAAACUAUAAAAAGUCUUAAAAAUCGAGCUACUGAAGCACAGCAACAGAUUUCAUCUACAAGUCCUCAGAAAAAUGCAUGCAGUCCUGUGAUAUCUGAUAAUGAGUUAAUUGAUGAAGUUGAAACAUGUAAAGAAGCAGGAGAUGGCAAAAAAGAAGAAAGCAGUAUAUAUGAUCUAAAAAAUUUUCCAGCUUUUAACAAAGAGUUUCUUCAGCAAUUGGCAAAAUUAAUUAAAGUGAUGAUACCUGGUGUUUGGAACAUAGAAGCUGGUUUACUGAUUUUGCAUACCUUCUCAUUAAUUAUGCGGACAUUUCUGUCUAUAUAUGUAGCAAAAUUAGAAGGUUGUGUAGUUAAAUUUAUUGUCCGUAAAGAUAUCCGUAUGUUUACAGUGCAAUUGACAAAAUGGUUGUUAAUUGCACUUCCAGCUACAUUUCUUAAUAGUUUAAUCAGGUUUCUAGAAAGUCAGCUAGCCCUUGCAUUUCGUACAAGGUUAGUACGGUAUGCAUAUUCUUUGUACUUCAAGAAUCAAACUUAUUACCGAGUGAGCAAUUUGGAUGGCCGACUAGAAAAUGCUGAUCACUGUUUAACAGAAGACAUUACAUCUUUCGCUCAGUCAAUAGCACAUUUAUAUUCACACAUAACAAAACCUCUCCUUGAUUUGAUCAUUAUAAAUUUUACUCUAUUUAAAAUGGCAAGCAGCAUGGGUUCUUAUGGAAUGUCUGGACAGUUGUUUGCAGCUGCUGUUGUUUCUAUCACUGCUCAUAUUCUACGUAAAGUCACUCCAAAAUUUGGAAAAUUGGUUUCUGAAGAAGCCAAACACAAAGGAUAUCUAAGAUUUGUGCAUUCUCGACUUAUCACAAAUGCUGAAGAAAUUGCUUUCUAUGGAGGUCAUAAGGUUGAAUUGUCAUUAUUGCAGAGAAGCUAUAAGGCUUUGGCAUGGCAGAUGAAUAAAAUUUAUAACAAAAAACUGUGGUAUGUUAUGUUGGAGCAAUUCCUUAUGAAGUAUUGCUGGAGUGCAGCUGGUAUGAUAAUUAUAUCCUUACCCAUAAUGACAGGAUAUACAAAAACAGAUGCAAAUGACAGUUACAGUGAUGAUGGCGUCAGUACACGGACACAGUACAUGACAACUGCAAAAAAUAUCUUAAUUGCUGGUGGUGAUGCUACUGAAAGACUUAUGUCAUCUUACAAAGAAAUAACUGAAUUGGCUGGAUAUACUGCUAGAGUUUCAAAAAUGCUAACUGUAUUUGAAGAUGUGUCAGAUGGAAAAUACCAACGUACUCUUACUGCUAGUUCUUCAAAGUCAUUUAAAAAAGCUACAGAAUUGAAGAAUCUGAAAUUCAAGAAUGGCAUGCCUGAGAUCAUUGGCCAAGUUAUAGAGAAAAAUGGCAUAAUCAAAUUGGAAGGUGUUCCUAUUAUUACUCCUAACUGUGACAUAGUUGUUCCAAGUUUAUCUUUUAUUAUGACUACUGAUAUGCAUCUGCUUAUAACUGGUCCAAAUGGGUGUGGCAAAAGUUCAUUGUUUCGAAUAGUAAGAGGAUUAUGGCCAGUAUAUGUUGGUGUUUUAGAAAGACCUCCAGAAAAUCAGAUGUUCUAUAUUCCUCAAAGACCUUAUAUGUCUGUUGGGACUCUUCGGGAUCAAGUAAUUUAUCCUCAUACUGUUGAAGAUAUGAAAGAACAUAAUCUUACUGAUGAUGAUCUUUUUAAAGUGUUAGGAAUUGUUCAUUUGCAACAUAUAGUGUUUAGGGAAGGUGGAUGGAAUGCCAAAAGAGACUGGAAAGAUGUGCUUUCUGGAGGUGAAAAACAAAGAAUGGGAAUGGCCAGACUCUUUUACCACAAGCCACAGUUUGCUCUACUGGAUGAAUGUACUAGUGCAGUUUCUAUUGAUGUUGAAAGUCAGAUAUAUCAAGCUGCUAAAGACAAUGGAAUUUCCCUUUUAACUAUAACUCAUAGGCCAUCACUUUGGAAAUUCCAUACACAUUUACUACAGUUUGAUGGUGAAGGUGGUUGGAGCCUUGAACCAUUAGAUACUAAUACCAGGCUCUCAUUACGAGAUGAGAAAGAGAAGCUUGAAGCGUCUUUAACUGGUGUUCCUCAAAUGGAAAGAAGAUUAAGGGAAUUGUGCACUUUGCUGGGAGAAGAUUCUGCUGUUAUGAUGGAUUCCACUUCAGAAUUACCAUCUCCGCCAAAAGAAGAGUCUCCAGAAAGCAAUGACUCUUCAUACGAUUCUCCAGUAAUGAUUGAAAAUUUAUCCGAUUAAAUAAGGCAAUAUUUAAAUCUUGUCAUGUGUAGCUUUAUGUAAAUCUAUAAGCUUUAAUUCAAACAGUUCAGUUUCUUAAGAGUGUCCCAAAUUCUCAUUCAAAUGUCUCUGUCAUAUUUUCAGCAAUUAUUUCUCGUCAACUACUUUGAUCGUCUAAUUAGUAUACAUUUCAUUUUGAACUUGAGCAUAGUGUGCACUUAAGGUCCCAUAUGUUUAUAAACUUUCAUUUUCUGUGUAACUGAUUUUUUGUUUGUUUCUUAAACAUGCCGCAUAGUUAAAAUAAUCUACUUAAUUUUUAAUAUCUUCUGAUUUUCUGGGAAGUAAUUAAAUGUGCAUAACUUAUGCCCUUAACUUGUAAUUGCGUGCUGCCUUACACUAAGGCAUAACAUCAUGUCCUUUUUCUUUGAGGGUCAGACAUUCUCUUAUACAGAGUUGUAUGAAAGCUUGGAAAAAGGAAUUUCGUUGCAUUUGUCUUUAUCUAUUGACCAUGGUUCAAAAUUAUGAGGUCUUUUCCAAAAUAGCCAUCAUGUUGCUUCAAAACAGGAUUUUAAUAGAAUUACAUCAAAUUUAUUCUGUUCCUUCAAAAUCCACCGUAGAUACCAAAAUUUAAUUGGCUCGACAUAAAAUAUGUCGAGCCAAUCUCAUGAGCGUUAAAGGGCCUAAUUUAAAUUAGUAUUCUUAAGUUUUCUUUAAUACAUCAAAAGUUUGUUGACAGAAGUUUGUUUCUUUUUUAGAACUUCUUUGAUAGUUAUUCACAAUAUAUGAGAAUAUGGCAAAAUUCUUACUUAUGUUUUAUCAGAUUUCACAUUCUUUGGAUUCUCAUUUAAUAACCAAAAUGUGAAGUAAUCCAUCCAAAUUGAUUUCUUAUAUGUAUAAAAAAGUCGUCGAAUGAAUUCGAUUGAAUUUGAGUAUUGUAUUGUAUUGAUGUAUUGAAUUUCAGUAUUGUAAUGUAUUGAGGUAUUGAAUUUCAGUUGAUUGCAUCCAUCAUUAAUAUCUUAUAAAAGUAUUAUGUGUUUAAUUAUUAUAUUUGUAUUUGGCUAUAUCAGAUUACAAGUAGUAAGAACUAGAUACCAUUUUCAAAUGGAAGAGGUUUUAAGAUUUUUAUUCAUUUCAAAUUAUGUUCAAUUUUCAAAACAUUUUGUUCUUCUGAUAAGAUAUUCAAUUCAUGCUGAUAAGAAUUUUAAUCCUACUUUUAUUUCCUAUUUUACUUAGUUUUGUGGUAUGCCAUAAUUGGGACCUAUCUGUUAAAUCAGUGUUGUAGUUUUUUUGAAGAAUGCAGUAUUUCUGUUUUGGAAUUCUAAUUAGAUCUCAGGUUUUCAAGCUAAUUUUAGUGUUGUGAUUUUUUCCUUUGUCUUUUCUUCUAUUGUACUUGAAUUCUUAUUGUAUUGUGGGCAUUCACUUUCCUUAAUCUUUUCACAACUGUUAAUAAAAUGGAGCGGCAACCCUGUAAUUUUAAAUUAAUAAACUGUUCCGCUUACACAGUCGUAUACAUCCAUUAUUGCUUCAGUUUAAUGUACAUAUUCUACGAUUAUAAGGAAAGGCAUUUAUAUUAAUAGAAACGAUCGUGUUAAGGACAAUUUAAUUAAAUUACUUCUUAUUUCAUUUAUAUAAGAAGUCUUUGAAUUAAAUGUUGAAGUUUUUUAUUGUUUUAUUUCUAAAUUAUGUUAAUCACUAAGGCACUUAUCAUAGAAUCAGAGAACUGAAAAAUAUCUAUUCUUUUGUGCGUAUAUAUGUAAUUUUAGUAAGCUGUGUAUAUAUAUGUGUGUGAUACAUGUUUAUAUAUAUGUAAAAAUUUAUGUAAAUUUGAGUAUAAUAUAUAUAUAUUACAAAUCCUAUUACCUUUUCAUCAAAUGUUUGUACAUAUUGAUUCAAAUUUAUUUUUAUCUCUACUGUUUGAUUGCUGUUACUAAAUCUAUUCAUAUAUCAUUUGUUAUUAAAAUUGACCUGGUGUGAUCGUAUUCUCGCUGCUAUUUUUUUUUAAAGUGAAAAUUUAGCAGUUACUUGACACUUUGAAUACAUUUCAAAACUUCACAAAUGAACGCAAGUUAUAAAAUGAAAAAAAAAAAAUCCAAAUUAGCAUGUUGAAUACUUUAAAUAAUUAUUGACAUGCUCUAAAUUUUUAUGCAUAUUUCGUCUACUUUGCAAUGAAGGGCAGUAUUGAAUUAUUUCUUUGUAAUUUUAUAUUAACAUUCUAGCUGGAAAAAAAUUUCCCGGCUCAUUAGUAAAUAUUUUAUUAAAAAUAUCUUUUGUAUAUUUUAAAAAUACUCUGUUUUAUUAAUUUGUUAUUCAACUUAUUUUGAAUAAUUUGAUUACUAUCACAUAUUUCUGAAGAAGAGACAAAUCUUUGGAGUGGAGUUUGAUAUGUUUCUGUUAUUACAUAUACGAAUAAUAAUACAUAUUGGUCCCUUCUGGAAACAAAUAUCUACAUGUUAAAUUACUGGAAAAUUAUUUAUUUACUUUUUGAAAUUACCGUAUUCAUUUUUAUAGAUCAGAAAAAGCAAUUUCUGAAUUAAAACUGACAUAUUGUGAUAUCAAAAUAAAAUUACUUCUACUUUAACCUAUCAUUUUUUUUUUUUUCAUUACUACAUAUUAAAUUAAGACAUUAUCUUGAGUGCAGUAAUUAUUUUCAGUAUAGUAGAUGAGCAUGGUGAUUUCGUCAUUUUAAUUUCACCAUUUUUCAGUUUUAAAAAAUCUACGGGAACGGUUUUUCGUUGUUAAUAUUAAAGUCGUUAUCAAAAAAAGUUGUAUUUUAUUUUAUUAUUUUAAUCUUUGCUGUCUUUUUUUAUUUGUGAUCAAAACAAUCAAUUGUUUUAAAGAUUUUUGUCGAUCUAUUACAGAUUUUAAUUGUUAAGGUUAACACUGUAUUUAAAAGUAAUUAGUUUAUAUAUGUUAUUCAUUAUUGCUUGUUUCUGUGUUAGUUUAUUUAUUUGCAUGUAUUAGCUGAUUUUGUUUACUCCCCAUUCCAUUUAGGUAUUAUUAUUAUUAUUUUUACAUAUCAAUAAAUUUUGUUUAUACACUGUU